AUGAGCCAUAUAUGGUCCAUAAAUGAGUCAUUUAUGGCUCAUGUUUCACGGCCUGGGUUACGGUUACGGUUAACCGUUCGACCGGUUAUUUACGGUUACGGUUAUGACCGGUUACGGUUAACCGUAACCGGUGCAUGCCUAUCAGAAACAUAUUACCAAGCAAUACAUUGGUACACACGUGGAUCAUUUGUUUAUCAAAUUUUAAAUAAAGCAUUGCGUGAACAAAAUAUUGAUAUGAUUAUUUUAUUUCGUGCUUUUAUUCGUCUUUUACAUUCAGAAUUACAAGAGAAACAAAAACAUAUUUCUGAGCCUAAUCUACGGCUCUAUUGUGGACAAGCUAUGGCAACAAAUUAA